GCAAUGAUUCUCCAUAUAGAAUUAACAGUGUAGCAUAGGCUUACAACGUAAACAGUAUUAAAUAUGCAUGUAACUUACUUUGUAACGUUUUUAAGUGUGAUUUGUAUUGUAAAUUCAACACCACCAUCGUUCGUAAAUAGGUGCAAAUAUGGUGAUUCAGAAUGUACUAAAGAGAGCACUGUAGUUGCCAUACCCAUUUUUGCUGCUGGCCUACCCGAGUAUGGUGUUGAAAAGCUAGAUCCGGUUACAUUCAACAAAGUGGAUGCCAGUUCUCCUAAUCUCAAGUUUAUACUGACUGACGUUGAAGUUACAGGACUGAGUGGUUGCAAACCGAAGCAGAUUCAACACGGCUCGAAACUGGAAUUGAAGAUUUUAUGUCAAGCCAAAUUAAAUGGCAACUACGAGCUUAACGGUCAAGUCCUCGUUUUGCCGAUUAAAGGAAAAGGAAAAAUUCACGUCGACUUGAAAACAACACAAAUCAAUGUCGAGGCGAAUUAUGAAGAGAAAUUGGGAGAUGAUGGUAAAAAGCAUUGGCACAUCACGAAGUGGUCCUACACCUUCGAACUCCAAGACAAAUCCGAUGUUGUCUUCGAAAAUCUCUUUGAUGGAAAUGAAGUACUUGGACAAGCGGCCCGGGAGCUGAUCGCCAACAACGGCAACGAUAUCAUCAAGGAAAUCGGAUCGCCGAUGAUCAAGGCUGCAGUGGCAAGGGUCGUGAAGAACAUCGAACGUUUCUUCAAAGCGAUUCCCGUUGAAGACCUAAUUUUAAAUUGAUUGUUACAUACAUAUUUAAUAAGCGGAUACCUGAGUAGUUUUAAUAAAAUAAAAACUUUAAUAUUGGCUUAUUAAUUUUUACAAUCG